AUGCCUUUGAGCGUCGGCGAUGUGUACGUGGAGGAUGACGACCUGGCCUUGUUGCCUGCCGGUCGAUGGUGGAAUGACAGCGUGCUUGCGCUCUGUUAUGAGUGGCUAGAGCAAGAGCUGCAGCCGGCGAAGACUGGCAUAUGGUUAAUGCAAGCCAGCCUGGCACAUCUUCUCAAGUUUCUGGUGGAUGAGGCCGAGCAGCAAGCCCUUCUUGCCGGCGGACCCGUUCCCAAUUGCGACCACUGUUUCAUCCCGUGGUCGGAUAGUCGCAGCCCGGAUGCCAACUCGGGCACACAUUGGACGCUCCUGCACUAUGAUGUGGGAGCAGGUCAGGUCUUUGUCUAUGAUUCAUUGUGUGGGCCUGUGGAAGGGGAGCGUCCCGCGCUGCCGUGCUCCUAUGCCAUCACCUCGGCCUUAGCACGUCUCCAGCAGCGACCGGAGCCCCAAGUUUAUCGUGGGAGCUCGCCUCUCCAGCGCAACGGGUCCGACUGUGGGCCGCUGGUGGUGCACAACACGGCGCGUCUUUUAUGUGGCCUCUUGGGGGUGCCCUUUGACCGGCAGCCAACCGCAGAGCGGGCAUACUGGCAGGUACGGCUGGUGGUGCAUCGCGAUCACUGCCGGAUGCUCGGGGUACUUGAGAAACGACAAGGAGGAAAGGACUGA